AUGUCUCAACCAUGCAUUAUUAACGGAUGCAAACGUGCAUCGCGCGCAUUAUGUCAUUGCUGUCAACAGAAUCUCUGUAUACCUCAUUUAACUGAACACAAUGAUAUACUUAAUUCUCAAUUAAAUCCUCUUAUCGACGAAAUUAAUGCACUUGGAGAUCGAUUGAAGACAUUUGAUAUUCAAAAAAAAACAGAAAAUUGUCGUCAAAUACUUGAACAGUGGCGUAUAGAUUGUCAUGAAAAGAUUGAUCAAAUUUUUGAAGAAAAAUGUCAACAACUCAAUCGACUUAUUGAGGAAAAAGUUGAAAAACAACAACAAGAAGUUUCACGAGUACAAUCAAAACUAGCUGAACUUAUUCGUGAACAAGAAGCAACUCGUCAACAUAUUGAUAUGUUAACAUCGAAUAUUAAUCAUCUUCAGAAAGAAAUGAAUAAGAUCGAAGAAAGUUCUAUUCAUAUAAAUAUUCAUCCAUUACUUAUUGAUACGAAUUGUAUUCAUAUCAAUGAAACCAAUUAUCAUGAAUUUGAUUUAUCUACACUUUCAUCGGCUUAUAAAACAAUUGAUCGAUCUGAGGAGACUAGCAGAGCAUUGACAAGCAAUGAUCAAUAUUUGUUAUUUCAUGAUGCACCUUAUUUAUGCUUACUUGAUCGAAAUUUGACAUUAGUCAGUAAGAGCUUAUGGGAUCAUGAGCAUAUCAUUGAUAUGUGUUGGUCAUCAACAUUAAAACAAUUUAUUGUGCUCGAACUAAAUAAUAUUUAUCUUAUCAAUGAAAAUACAAUGUCGAUUGAAUCUAUGGAAACCAUUAGAAAAGAAAAAUGGGCAUCGUGCACAUGUUCUGAUAGAUCUCUAUUUUUAUCAACUAGAGUACAUGGUUCAUGUAUUUUAGAGUUCAGUCUAUUACCUUCGGUAGACUUAAUUAGAGAAUGGAAAAAUCCUGAUUCAUGUGCACAAACUGAAGAUAUCAUUUGUAUAGAGUAUAAUAAUGAAACACUUGCAUUAUUAAUAAGAAACAAUGUGAAUAAAACUAUGAGAAUGGAAUUAAAAUCUUCAAUGACAUUUGAAAGCAUUUGGUCAUUUCAACUUGAUUUAGUAUGUAACAAAGUGAAGACAAUUCGAUGUUGUUCAUUAAGUGAUGAUGAAUGGCUUAUAGCUGAUCAUGAAAAUAAUCGUUUAAUACAUGUUUCAAAAGAUGGUAAAAUAAAGACAAUGCUAUCAUAUAAUGAUAUUCCUUGGUUUGUUAACCUGUUCAGUCGAAAUAUUUUGGUUGUAUCAAUUAAAAAUUUUAAACUGAACUUCCAUAAAAUCAAUAACGAUUUUUGA